AUGAAGGACCUGGUAGUAGCAGUCCACGAGGCGGCGGCAAAGUCGCACGCCCGGGGCGCCGGGCUCGGGCUGACCAAGCGGGCGGAGAUGAUGCUCGAGCUUGUGAUGGACAUCAAGAACAACAGGAGCGGGGUCGCCGCCCCGGGCAAGGCCCCGAAAUCGGCCAGCGCAGCCGGCGCCGGCGGCGGCGGCCGCAAGGGCGGCGCGGCGGCGGUGCUGGCGCCCGGCCAGAUCAAAUGGCUCAAGGGCAGCGGUGUGGAUGACGUGAAGCUCGUCAACCUGAGCUGGGCCAAGCUGGUCGCGCCGGAUAAGAAAGGCAUGUGGUGGCUGCCCGCCGCCAUGGACGCUGCGGCCGGACUCCUCCCCGGCCUGGCGCCGCGAGACCUCGAUCUGCUGCCCCUCCGCGGCGACGACAGCGGCGACGACGAGGAGGAGGGCCGCGGCGGCGGCGGCGGCGCGGGGACGGGCGCGGGUGCGGGCGCGGCGGAGCUGCUCAAGCUUGCGGCGGCGCAGCGGAUGAACACAGACGUCCGGAAGGCCGCAUUCUUGGCCAUCAUGGGGUCUGAGGACUGCGCAGAAGCUUGCGAGAAGCUGCUCAGGCUGCCGCUCAAGGGGGAGCAGGACAGGGAGGUGGUGCGGGUCCUCAUAGACUGCGCGCUGCACGAGGUGCCCUGGAACCCCUACUACGGCCACCUCGCCGCGCGCAUCGCGGCCGCCUCCAAAAAUCACAGGAUGACUCUGCAGUUCACAGUGUGGGACCACAUAAAGGAGGUGGAGGCCGCCCCAGUGGCCCGACUGGACAAUCUGGCAGCGCUGCUGGCCGCGCUGCUGGCGAAGCAGGCGCUGCCGCUGACCUCGCUCAAAGUGGCGGACUUCGAAUCAUCGCCGCGCUGGACGUCGAGGGAGCUCUUCUUCUGGCGCCUCGCCCUGCAGCAGCUGCUUGGCAGCUACCCCACCGACAAGGACUGCGUGGCAGCGUUCGCGCGCCUGGCGGGCCUGAAGCAGCAGGGGCAGCUCGCGCGGGGGCUGGCGCUCUUCUUGAAGACGCGCGUCGGGCCAUGGCUGGUCGGCCGCGCAGACGCGGCCGCGGCGGAGGAGCAGGGGCGGUUUGACGUGCUGCUGCGGCGGUUGCAUGCAGCGGAGCAGACGCUUGCGCGCAGCCAGGGCGCCGUGCUGGCAGCUUGA